GAACUGGGCGAAGCCAUCCACGGCAGCAGAGGAAGUACCCAGGAGGCAAACCCAAGGAAGUUUCAAUGUUCACACUCUGAACUUGAAGCGAAAUUCGAAAGGAAGCUUCGAUGGCGUUAUAAAAGACUCCGAUCACUAAUCACUCACUAAGAAAAGAGAAAGCGAAAUAGCUAAACCAGAUAUUCCCUUUGCCGCCGCCGCGGCGCACCACCUGCUCUGCUCUUCAAAUUGAAACCUGUGAUUCUGGGGAGUGGACUGUGAACUUCGGAGUUAUGGCAGUUGGGGUGGGAGAAUCGGCCCUUGGAGCUGUAUUUCAGGAGGCGCUUAGAGGGAUUUACAACAUUAUCAAUAUGGGUCGAAAGUACCCCAGCACCCUCCAAACCAACAUAUCAACGUUGGAGGCUUUGCGUCCUCGGGUAAAUGACAUAGUACGAUACAACCAAGAAUUGGAUCGCCCAAGAGCAGAGGUGGAGACGCUGGCUAGAGAAAUGCGAGCUGCGGAGGAGCUUGUUCGCAGGUACUCCAAUAAAUCUCUUUGGAACUUUCUGUGUUUUCCUUAUUACCAGAAGAAGCUUCAAGCAGGGGAUGAAUCAUUGAGGAGGACAUUAAGCGUUGACGUGCAAGCUCAGAUGGCAAGGGAUUUGAAGGAGAUCUUAAAGAAGAUAACAGACCUUGUUAUGAGCGCCUCUGAGCAAUUUGGGCCCGCAAACUCUGGUUUGGGUACAGCUCUGUAUGGUACUCCUGAAAACCCAGAUUUCACUGUCGGAUUGGACAAGCUUUUGAACCAAUUGAAGUUCGACCUGCUCAAGGGUAGUGAGCUCUUCUUAAACUUGACUGGCUUUGGAGGAUCUGGAAAAACCACUCUGGCUAAAAAGCUCUGUUGGGAUCCUGAGGUUUUAGGUAAAUUCAAGAAAAAUAUCUUCUUUGCAACCUUCUCAAAAACGCCCAACUUGAAGAUCAUUGUAGAGAAACUAUUUGAACACUUUGGGCAACCCAAGCCUGAAUUUCAAAGCAAUGAAGAUCCAGGUUACAAAUUGAGAAAUCUGCUUAAACAAGUUGGUGGGAGUCCAAUAAUAUUGGUCCUGGAUGACGUCUGGCCUGGAUCAGAAUGCCUUGUCGAGAAGUUUAAGGUUCCACUUUCAGACUUCAAAAUUUUGGUGACUUCAAGAGUCGAACUUGAUUGGGAGGGCUGCAUUUCACACCGCUUGGGAAAACUUUCUCACGAGGAUUCGAUGACCCUUUUCCGUCACUAUGCUAAGCUGAACGACGCAUGCCCUCGGAAUGAUCUUGCUGACCAGGCAGUCAGAUGUUGUGGGGGUCUGCCGUUGUCCCUUCAAAUUAUUGGAAGCAAACUUCGUGGGAAGCCAAUUGAGUUCUGGCAAAUCAUGGUAAAGAAAUUGUCGCAACGUGGCGGUUCUCUUCUUGAUUCAGAUGAUGAGGUGCUUGCUUUCCUCCAGAAAUGCUUGGAUGUUUUGGAGGAUAAGUCCAUUGUCAAGGAAUGCUUCAUGGACUUAGGCCUGUUUCCUGAAGAUCAGAUGAUCCCCGUUUCUGCCCUCUUUGAUAUAUGGACAGAACUGCAUAGCCUAGAUGAAGAGUUCUAUGCAAUGCCAUAUAUCUACGAUUUAACUUCCAGGAAUCUUUCCAAUGUCGUAGUUACCAGGAAAGUGGCGAAUGAAGCAGACAACUACUACAAUAACCACUUCCUGAUGCAGCAUGAUCUUCUCAGAGAUCUAGCUGUUCAUCUGAGCAGCGAGAAGCCAUUGGAACAGAGGGAAAACCUGAUUAUUGACUUGAAUAAAAAUAAUAAUCCUGAAUUGUGGUCAGAACCAAAGAAGGGAGGCGUCAUUCCUGGCAUAUCUCAACAAUUGUCUAUUAUGCUGAAGCAAAAACAAGUCGCUGCCCGCUCAGUCUCUAUAUCAUCCGGUGAAGCCUUCACUUCAAAAUGGUGGAGCAUGAAACCAUAUAGAGCGGAGGUUCUAGUGCUAAAUAUUGGGGGUAACGAUUACACCUUACCAGGUUUUAUCAAGUAUAUGAGGAAACUCAAAGUUCUAAUUCUCAUAAACUAUAGCUUCCAUCCUUCUCAACUACAAAGUUUUGAGCUACUUGGUUCUCUAUCCAACCUAAAGAGAAUACGCCUGCAGAGAGUUUCCGUCCCUUCCCUUUGCAAAUUUAAGAACCUUAGAAAAUUAUCCCUUUACAUGUGUAGUACGAGUCAGGCUUUUAGAAGCGAUGCCAGUGUUAGGGAUGCACUGCCAAAUCUAGUGGAUAUGAGCAUUGACUAUUGCAAAGAUUUCAAGGCACUGCCUGUUGGAUUCUGUGACAUUAUUUCCUUAGAAAAGCUAAGCAUCACCAACUGUCAUAGUUUCUGCGGGCUGCCCCAUGAUAUAGGAAAGCUAGGGAAAUUGCAAGUGCUGAGGCUUAAUAACUGUACUGAUUUGGUAGACAUUCCCGAUUCAAUCAAAAUGCUUCAAAAGCUUAGCCUUCUUGAUAUGUCGUACUGCAUAAACCUGCGAAGAUUACCGGCGGACAUUGGUGAUUUGAGUAAUCUAUCAAAGCUCUACAUGAUGGGUUGUUCAAGGUUGUCUGAGUUGCCGGCCUCUGUCACCAAACUUGAGAAGCUGGAGAAGGUUAUAUGCGAUGAAGAAAUAGCCAUCUCAUGGGGAGAACAUUUCGAUCCCUCAGCUCGCGCACCGAGCAUAGAGACGACCAGAAAUGAUAGUCAUUUUAACUUAAAUUGGCUUUUUGGUCAAUUAAGAAACUUGAAUUAGCUUUCAUGGAGCUCCCUCCCUCCUGCCGAUCCUUUAAACGGCUUUAGUACUCCACUCAUGAUGAAUCGAUACUCUUCCCGCAGCAUCCCUCCCGUUUCGCUUUUAUUUUCUGAUUACUCAUUGUCUUGUACAAAGCCGGAUUUAUUGUUUGUUCAUAAAACAUCAGAUAAUAAAAUUAUGUGACCAAUUGGCAUGAUA